AUACUUGAUUUCCGGUUUGAUACUUCCGGUUGUAAUAAACAAGUUUCAAUUUAAAGACCAAAGCCUUGGUGAUAAGCUGAACAGCUGAUAAAAUUUUUGAGAAACAUCCUUUCCAUUAAGUAAUCAUAUCAAUCCACCUCGAUAAAUUAGGUAACAUUAUUCUUGAUGACUAAUAAUCUUGUGUCUAACACUCAACUUUGUAUUUAGUUUAAAUUAUAAAAAUGGCAGAGGCAAUAGCUCCUCCAGCAUCGAAACCUUCUGAUAGUCAAAUAUCAGAAAGGUUUGAUAUCAUUUUUACGAAAGCUUUAAAAUUUGUAAGUGAAGCUCUACUUAAAGAUGAAGAAGGUAUUAUUCAAGAAGCUAUUGAUCUUUACAAAACAAGCUUAAUCUUUAUUGAAGAAGCAUUAGGAAUUAGUAGAGGGUCAACAGAGGGAAAAAAGAAAAAACUAGAAUCUGCAAAGAAGAAUGUAGUUGAUAGAUUAAAAAUUUUAAAAAAUCAGCAACCGCAAUCGAAAUCAAACAAUUUACAAAAUCAAGAGAAUGAACUAUUAGAAAUUAUGGAAAUUGAUGGUAUUGAAACAGCUACAAGUGAUGAAAAUUGCAAUGCCACUGAAUUAUUAGCUAUCUCUGAGGCUCAGAUAUUUUAUAUUUCUGCCGAUGGUCUUGUUUCGGCUCCUUCGUAUCCAUCCAAGUUAGGAAUAUACAAAUUUCGAAAUGAAGCAGAUAGAAUUAGAACUGGAGCUCCUGCUUUUCUUAAGGUUGGAUCAUGGACAUAUCCAUUAGUACCAAAUCAAUCUCCAUCUUUACAAUCAAUUUGGGGAGCUUAUAUGUUUCCAGAUUUGGAAAAAGGGGUUGAUCAUGCUAUAGGUGUUAUCUUACCAGACAACACCACGCUAACUGAUAGACAAACCUUUGAGAAUUUGAUUAAAGAGUAUUCUAUGCUAAGUAUUGAAGAGGGUGAAGAAGCCGUUGAAGAAUCUGAAGAUAAGUAUCAAAGAUUAGAACACAAAAGGGGUAGUGAAAAAGUUGCUGAAGGAAUAGAGAGAACCGCCGAAUAUAUUGCGAAAGGUGUUGAUUUUGGGGUUCAUAAAAUAAGUGGAUGGCUACUCAAGGGAGGUUCAGCAGUCAGAGAUAGGAUGGCACCUACUGAAAAAGAUGUCCAAGUACGUCCAGAUGUUCAAAAGGGUCUAAAAACUAUUCGCACUUGUAGUAAAGCUGCAGUUUCAGUCUCCUCAACUAUUGUUAGCUGCGUAGGAUCUGCAACGAAACAUUUAGCAGUAUACGCUGCUCCUCACCUUCGAAAAGGGGCUGAGAAAGUGUUACCCAAGAGUUGGACUACCCCAAAGGAGAAUCAAGAGUGCUCAAAAUUAGACGAUGCAUUAUUAAUUGGAGCUCACGGGGUUCAAGGAGCUGUUACAGUAUACUUAAGUCUAGAACAUGCGGCGUUUACAUUAGCAAGAGGGUUAGCCGAUGAAUCAGUGAAAACAGUUAAACACAAAUACGGAGAACAGUCUGGAGCGGCAACUGAAGACGCUUUAUAUAGCGCAGUCAAUAUAGGCAUGACAGUUAACAAUGCAAAAAAUCUUGGAGUUAAGGCAGUAGCAAAGCGAAUAGCAAAAGACACUGGAAAGGAAGUUGCUAAAGACCUUAUUAAGACUCGUACGGAAAUGGAUAAACCUGGUAGUUCGAAAGAUGCUUUGUAA